AUGUAUCAUCUGGAAAGAAAAACACUGGAACUUCAAAACUACAAGGAAGAAAUAUGCCAAGUACAUCACUUCGAGGUGGGCACACUGCUUCACUACAAUUACCCGAUCAAAGUUUUUCAAGUCAGAUCCAAACUAGACCUCAACGUCAAGAAAGUCAUCAAAGCUUAUUACAAAGACAGCAAUUAUGAUGAGAAAAAAAUCGUAAAGCAUUUCUUAUCGGAAGUUGCAGUACUUGCCACGAUUCACCAUCCUUUUAUCAUGAGCAUGGAUUUCAUGGGAUCCUUUCCUCGAUACUUGGCAUACGUGAUGCCAUUCUACGAAGAUGGCACUCUGACCAAGGUACUGCCUUCCAUGCAUCAGGAGAUGAGUGAUGAAUACUUUGUGCAACUGUGUGCAGCAGUUAAUUAUCUUCAUUACAAAAAAGUUGCUCACAGAGACUUCAAAACGGACAACAUUUUGAUCACAGACAAGAAAGUUCUCAUUGCUGAUUUCGGCUUAUCGGAUAUCUUGCCCACUGAGGAUACAAUGGCGACCAAAAGAAAAGGAACUGUGGUGUACAUGUCCCCAGAACAGUUUUUAAAGAGGCCGUUUGACCCUUUUAAAGUAAGUCAUUUUUUUCUACAUUUUUGA